AUGCUCUCGGUGCAGCUCCCCAUGUGCUCUGGAACACGCGUGGAUAACCGAUCCCCUCCUGCCACGCGCGUCCCUGCGGAGUGCAACCCCACGGCCGCUUUGUGGCGUCCGGAGAAGGACAGCCCGGGCCACCAAUGGAACGGCGCGGCGCCCCGCCGGGGGUGGCUCCUGACCAAUGGCGGCGCUGCGGGGGCCGCCCGGCAGCCAAUGGGCGGGCGCGCGGGGGGCGGCGCGGCUACAUGUUGCGGUGUCGCCAACGUGGGUCCGCGGCGAGCGGCGCGGGCCGGGCGGCAGCGGCGGCUCCGACCCCGCGGGAGCGCACCGGGACCGGCCGGCGCCCGCCGAGCCCCAGGCGUGCGGCGCGGAGCAAGAGGAGGAACGGGAGGCGGGUCCUACGGCGGGGACGCGGACUCGACCCGCCCGGCGGUGCCCGGUGGAUGCCGGUGCCGUAGCGCCCCGCGGGGCCGGCGGCCGAGGCGAUGCUGCGGGCGGGGGAGCGGCGCUGAGCGCCCGCGGCGUGAGCGCUCCUGCCGCCUCCUCCCGCCGCGGACGUUCCCUGGUGCCGGAUACAAAAUGGCGCUGCCGUCACGGGCGGCGGCGGCGCUGCUGCUGCUGGGGCUGCUGGGCUCGGCCGCCGCCGGCUGCCCCGCGGGCUGUGCCUGCGGCGGGGACACGCUGAGCUGCGGCGGGCUGGCACUGCCCGCCCUGCCCCGGGACCUGCCCCGCUGGCCGCGGCACGUAAACCUGAGCUACAACAAGUUGGCAGAGAUUGAUCCUUCUGUCUUUGCAGAGCUGUUGAACCUGCAGGAAGUGAGACUGGACAACAACGAGCUGGCUGCCAUUCCUUCCCUGGGACCUGCUGCUUCCAGCGUCCGCUCCCUCCACCUGCAUCACAACAGGAUCCGCAGCAUUGAAGCCAAUCAACUGCAGCCCUACGUUACCCUGGAAACCUUGGACCUGAGUUUCAAUGACAUCACGGAAAUCCGAAACGGCUGCUUUCCACAGGGACUUCACAUAAAGGAGCUGUACUUGGGGAGCAACAGAAUCAGCACCCUGGAGCCUGGUGCUUUUGAUAGCCUGUCACGGUCCCUGCUAACACUUCGUCUGAGUAAAAACAGGAUCACUCAGCUUCCUGUCAAGGCAUUCAGGCUGCCCAGGCUAAUACAACUGGAGCUGAACCGAAAUCGCAUCCGCCUGAUUGAGGGCCUGACGUUCCAGGGACUGGACAGCUUGGAAGUUCUGAAACUCCAGCGCAACAACAUCAGCAAAUUGACUGAUGGGGCUUUCUGGGGUCUGGCCAAAAUGCAAGUUCUCCACCUGGAAUAUAACAGCCUGACAGAAGUGAACAGUGGCUCUCUCUAUGGCCUUUCCUCCCUGCACCAGCUUCACCUCAGCAACAACUCCAUAUCCCGCAUCAACCCCGAUGGCUGGAGCUUCUGCCAGAAGCUGCAUGAGCUGAUCCUCUCCUACAACAACCUAACAAGGCUGGACGAGGGAAGCCUGGCAGACCUUGGGGGGCUGCACGUGCUACGGCUGAGCCACAACUCCAUCAAUCACAUUGCAGAAGGUGCUUUCAGGGGACUCAAAAAUCUUCGUGUCCUGGAACUGGACCACAAUGACAUCUCAGGCACAAUAGAAGAUACCAAUGGAGCCUUUACAGGCCUGGAAAACCUGAGCAAGCUAACUCUGUUUGGAAACAAGAUCAAGUCGGUGGCCAAGAAAGCGUUCUCAGGGUUGGAGGCUCUGGAGCACCUGAACCUCGGGGACAACGCCAUCCGCUCCAUCCAAGCCGAUGCCUUUGCCAGGAUGAAGAGCCUGAGGCAGCUGCACAUGAACAGUGACAGCUUCCUCUGUGACUGCCAGCUGAAGUGGCUGCCCCAGUGGUUAGUGGAGAAGGAGCUGCAGUCCUUUGUGGUGGCCACCUGUGCCCAUCCUGAGUCACUGAAAAGCAAGAGCAUUUUUGCCAUCCAGCCAGAGAGUUUUGUGUGUGAUGAUUUCCCCAAGCCACAGAUCAUCAUCCAGCCCGAGACGACGGUGGCUGUCCUUGGCAAGGACAUCCGCUUCACCUGCCUGGCCGCCAGCAGCAGCAGCUCCCCCAUGAUGUUUGCCUGGAAGAAGGACAACGAGAUGCUGCACAACGCCGAGAUCGAGAACUUUGCUCACGUGCGGGCCAAGGACGGCGAGGUGAUGGAGUGCACGACCAUCCUGCACCUGCGGCACGUCACCUUCGCGCACGAGGGCCGCUACCAGUGCGUCAUCACCAACCACUUCGGCUCCACCUACUCCAACAAGGCCCGGCUCACCGUCAAUGUGCUGCCGUCAUUUAUCAAAACUCCCCACGACAUCACGAGCAGGACGGGGACGACGGCACGCUUGGAGUGUGCGGCCGAGGGCCACCCCACGCCGCAGAUUGCCUGGCAGAAGGACGGUGGCACCGACUUCCCCGCAGCCCGCGAGCGCCGCAUGCACGUCAUGCCCGAUGACGACGUCUUCUUCAUCACCGACGUGAAGAUCGAGGACAUGGGGGUCUACAGCUGCACAGCUCAGAACUCUGCGGGUUCCGUGCUCGCCAAUGCCACCCUCACCGUGCUCGAGACUCCAUCUCUGGUCCAUCCCCUGGAAGAUCACGUGGUGUCCGUCGGCGAGACCGUGGCUCUGCAGUGCAAAGCCACGGGGAGCCCCCCGCCCCGCAUCACCUGGCUGAAAGGUGACCAGCCCCUGGUGGUGACAGAAAGGCACCACUUCACCUCGGGCAACCAGCUGCUGAUCGUGAGGAACGCGGCGCUGGAGGACGCGGGGAAGUACACGUGUGAGAUGUCCAACACGCUGGGCACGGAGCGCGCGCACAGCCACGUCAGCGUCCUGCAGGCGCUGGGCUGCCGCAAGGACCGCACCACCGUGGGCAUCAUCACCAUCGCCGUGGUCUGCAGCAUCGUGCUCACCUCCCUGGUCUGGGUCUGCAUCAUCUACCAGACCAGGAAGAAGAGUGAAGAGUACAGUGUCACCAACACAGAUGAGACUAUUGUUCCUCCUGAUGUGCCAAGCUACUUGUCCUCCCAAGGGACUCUCUCGGAGCGCCAGGAAGUGGCCAUAGGAGUGGACACCCAGCAGCCCAAUGGGCACAUUGACAGCAGUGAUGGUUUGUUUGUUACAGGGAUGUGUCAGGCUGAUGCUGGAAGAUGUCCAGAUAUUGAAGCUCCUGCUGUAGGUUGUAGACAGCCCAAGCUGUGUAUCAGCUAUAAUAAAGACACUUGGAAAACUGAGGACAUGGCCGAUGGAAUGCUUGUUCCAGAUAAGACAGGCUACGGGCUGCCCGCGGUGUGCACGGAGUGCAGCGGCAGCACGGACAGCGUGGACCUGCGCAUCUGCCCCAAGGACUCCGAGUGCUACCCCGAGAGCCUAAAGACUGUGGAGAGCACCCACCCCAGUGCACUGAGCAGCAAGGAGCGCCACAGGAAGAGGGGUGCAGGCGCCACCAGCCUUCUUCAUGCUCAGCCCUGCGACGGGAUUGCCAUCGGCAAGAGGGUGGAGACAGAUGGGACCCUCUACCCCAGCAACCACGACAGGAUAAGGGCGGAGGGCGCGCUGCUCGCCGACACGCGCGGCUCUUCGCAAGCAGCGGCAAAGCCUUCGGAGCUUAACAACCUUAAUUUGGUGCGAGCUUCACCUGCAGGAGGGUCAUUAAAGCAACUGAAUGUGCUUCCCGAAAUAUCCCCAGCACUACUGGAUCUGCAGAGGGAAGCAGAGGUGGAGCAGGCUCUCCUGCCCAACAGCAGCACAGCCCAGCCCUGCGACUCCGCUCACGAGCCCAAGCUGCCCAACAGGUCUCUGGACUGAGAGCACAGACUGACUGCCACGUGCAAAUUAACAAACACACUAUUACUUUUUUAAUUUUUUUUUUUUUUUUUUUUUUGCACAGAGUAUAUAGGCUACUUACUUCUACCUCGAAUCUUGAACUGAUGGCCUGGCAAAGGCAACCAACUGAGGUAUGAGAAACAAGCUUGUAUGGGGAACAAACUCCUGUUCGAGCGUCAUCUGAUUGUACAUAGUUUAAAACUUCCCUGAGAAGUAUGAAGUGUUCAAAAGUCAACUUGCAUAUGAAGCACAUAAAUGCAAGGGAUUAUUGUGUAAAGAGAAAAGUAUUUGAUACAAUUGUACAUAAGAGUUUUCAUAUAAAAAAUAUAUAUAUAAAUAUAUAUAUAUCUUUUACAGAGGCUAUUUUAAUCUUUAGUGCAUGGAAAACUGAGUGAAA